AUGUCACGACUCUUAUUACCCAAAUUCCUCCUCCCAUCCCGCCGCUUCUUCUCGAAUUCCUCAACCCGACCAGCCUUCGCAACAGGCCCCGCGCCACCCCGUCUCCCGCCCAAAGAACAAGAAGAGUUCGAGCGUCUACAAAAAGCAUCUACCGGCGCAUUCAGCCAGCCAAAACACAUUGCUCCCGAAUCUUCGCCACGACCAAGACCCCAAAUAAACCAAUCCCCAGCAUCGAAAACAGAGGAAGCGUUAAAUGCAAGGGUAGAAGCAAAAGGGCAAGGAGAGGAAUUACAUCCUGAUAUUAAGAGAGGCGCGAAGCCUGAAUUCGAAGGCGAUGUCAAUCCGAAGACGGGCGAGGUUGGAGGGCCAAAGAAUGAGCCGUUGAGUGCAAGACGAGCUGUACCAGACGUGCUUUCUUUCAUCAUCUCCUUGGGCUGGAAGAUGGCUACGGGCUAG